AUGGCGGACCGCUUCUUCAUUUUCUCCGCAAAUUUUUUUCUUUCAGUAAUUCUUGUCUCUUCCACUUCCCAUAGAGCAGCUCAGCCACUGAGCAUUGACAAAGGAGCAAACUUUUCAUGCCCUGUUGAUGCCCCUUCUUCCUGUGAAACAUACGUCACAUACUUUGCUCAGUCUCCCAAUUUUCUGAGCAUAAUCAACAUAUCUGAUUUAUUUCGGGUCAGUCCUCUAUCAAUUGCGAGGGCCAGUAAUAUAGUGUUUGAGGAUAACCAUAAGCUGAUUCCUGGCCAGCUCUUACUUGUACCUGUGACUUGUGGCUGCACUGGUAGUCAUUCCUUCGCUAACAUCUCCUAUGUCAUGCAGAAAGGUGACAGCUUCCACUUUGUUUCAACCUCUCAGUUCGAGAAUCUCACCAAUUGGCGAGCAGCAGAAGCUUUUAAUGAUACUCUUGACCCUAAUCUCUUGCUAGCAGGGACCACUGUAAUUUUCCCUUUGUUCUGCGGUUGCCCUUCAAAGACCCAAUUGCAGAAGGGGAUCAAGUUUCUAAUCACCUAUGUGUGGCAACCCAAUGACAACUUGUUUAUUACAAGUUCAAAGUUUAAUGCUUCUUCAAUAGACAUUGUAACCGCAAAUAACUAUCUGAACUUCACAAAUUCAGCCAGCCUUCCAGUUUUGAUCCCUGUUAGAAGCUUACCUGCGCUUUCCCAACCUCACCCUUCAUCUCAGAACAACGGCAAAACAAACCAUGCUCCAAUUUUCAUUGGUACAUUCUUGGGAUUUGCUGUUCUCAUUUCUGUUGUAGUGAUUCUACUAUACGCUUACCGUAUGAGGAGGAAAAGGAUGGGUUUGAAUAGGAAUAAUUUGAGGUCGGAGACGACAGACAAGCUACUCCAUGGGGUUUCUUGCUAUGUAAGUAAGCCAAUCAUGUACGAAGCAGGUGUGAUCAUGGAAGCUACCAAGAAGCUCAGUGAAAGGUGCAAGAUUGGGAAAUCAGUGUACCGAGCCAGAAUUCAAGGGCAGGUUGUGGCAGUUAAAAAAGUGAGGGACCAAAAUGCCAAGGAGGAGUUAAGAAUGAUGCAGAAGAUGAAUCACGCAAAUUUGGUGAAGUUAAGGGGUGUCUCUUCAGACAAUGAUGGAAAUUACUUCCUUGUUAAUGAAUAUGCGGAAAAUGGUUCUCUUGAUGAUUGGCUUUAUCCCGACCAUUCUUCAAAUUGUAUGUCAUUUCUCACAUGGAGUCAGAGGAUAAGCAUAGCACUAGAUGUUGCCAUGGGUCUGCAAUACCUGCACGAUCACACUCAACCCAGAAUAGUCCAUAGAAACAUCACAGCGAGUAAUAUCCUUCUAGACUCCAAAUUCAAGGCCAAGAUAGCUAAUUUCUCCAUGGCUAGAACUUGCACGAAUCUUGUGAUGCUUAAAAUAGACAUUUUUGCAUUUGGGGUUGUUCUGUUGGAGUUGCUCACGGGGAAGAAAGGCAUGGAAACGAAUGAAAAAGGAGAGGUGAUGAUGCUGUGGAAGGAAUUUAAGGGGAUGUUUGAUUUGGAAGAAGAGAGAGAAGAGAGACUUAGAAAAUGGAUGGAUCCUAAGCUUGGAAGCUUUUAUCCCAUUGAUGAUGCUCUUGGCUUGGCUUCUCUGGCACUGGCUUGCAUAGUGGGCAAGUCAAUGUCAAGACCAAGCAUGGGAGAAAUCGUACUGAGCCUCUCUCUUCUCAUUCAGUCAUCAUCUGAUGCUGCCGCCUUAAAGGGAUCUUGCACAUUAGAUAUCGAGGUUGCUUCACUAAGCAGUCCUGCAGCUCGUUGA